AUGCGCUUGAACGGGACACUGGCAUGUGCUCAAUGCACUGCGCAGACUACCUACAGGCCUCUGCGGUAUAAAAGUCUUGCGGCACAAUUCCUUUCCCCGAGGCGAUUCAACAGUCAUGUUGCGCCAACCGGCCGACCAGUUCGGGUUGCUAUCGUGGGCUCUGGUCCAGCAGGAUUCUACGCCGCCUAUCGAUUGCUAGGUAAACAUCAAGAUGCAAUAGUUGAUAUGUACGAGAAGCUUCCUGUGCCAUUUGGUCUUGCUCGGUAUGGUGUUGCGCCGGAUCAUCCCGAAGUCAAGAACUGUGAGGAUAAAUUCACAGAAGUAGCCACCUCGUCGCGCUUCAAUUUUGUCGGGAAUAUCAACCUCGGCAACGAUCUUCCGCUUUCCGCCCUCAAACCCCACUACGAUGCCAUUCUGUUCGCCUACGGGGCGGCAAAGGACAAAGAGCUCGGAAUUCCUGGGGAGCAGGCAUUGAAUAGUGUACACUCUGCCCGUGCCUUUGUGGGGUGGUAUAAUGGUCUCCCAGAACACCGGGAUCUCGACCCCGACCUAACGAGUGGGGAGGAAGCUGUGAUCGUCGGACAGGGCAAUGUUGCACUGGACGUUGCCCGUAUUCUUCUUUCGGACAUUGAUGCACUCCGCAAGACCGAUAUCACGGACUAUGCACUGGAAAAGCUUGCUUCGAGUCGCAUUAAACGUGUGAGAGUUGUUGGGCGUCGCGGACCGCUACAGGCUUCAUUUACUAUCAAAGAAGUCCGUGAAUUACUUCAACUCCCGGGUGUCUCGUUCGACCCGAUCCCGAAGGAUAUCUUUCCGCCAGAAGAUGUGGUCUCAGCAUUACCCCGGGCACAGAAGCGUCUAAUGCAGCUUCUAGCCAAGGGGUCAGCCAAUGAUCCCAAUCAAUCCCCCAAGUCGUGGUCGUUGGACUUUUUGCUUGCGCCGGACUCGCUAUGUUGGUCCCCAGAGUACCCGUAUCAUUUGUCUCAUGCCCGAUUCUCUCGCAAUGAGCUCGAUCCUUCCGAUCCUCAUAGUCCCAGUUCGAAAGUCUUCCCCAAACACUUGUCGAAUGGAAAGCGUGCGCAGAUCAAUCUCCCAGCCAGCGUGUUCUUCCGCAGUGUUGGCUAUAAAUCGCUUCCUCUCCCCGGGCUGGAGGACCUGGGUAUCGACUUCGAUGCCAGCCGCGGAAUCAUUCCGAACGAUGGCUUCGGUCGCAUCACGAGUCUUUCGGGCAAGGGGGCACCCGAGGUACUUCCUGAUGGGUCUCUGAUUUCCACCUUGCCUGGACUGUACUGUGCUGGUUGGGUCAAGCGGGGUCCUACGGGAGUUAUCGCUUCAACUAUGACCGACGCUUUUACUACGGCCGAUACCCUGGCACAGGACUUGGCGAGCAGUGCUGACUCUCAAUCCUUGCUUCAUGCACCUCAACAGAGCAGUGGGCUCGGCUGGGAGGGAGUCAAGGCCGAGGCUCAACGCCGCGGUCUCCGGCCUACAUCUUGGCAAGAUUGGUUGAAGAUCGAUGCCGCUGAAAAAGAAUAUGGCCAACAAAAGGGCAAGCCCCGGAAUAAACUCAGCCGUGUAGAAGAAAUGCUAGAGGUGCUUGGUUGA